GCAGUCGCCCGCCGCAGUGACCCACACCGACCGACAUGAGGCUACACGCGCUUGUCUUUGCCUUAUUCGUACUCGCCGCGCGCGCGGCCACCAUCCCUGAAAAAUCCGAAGUAGACUUUGAAAAAAAACUAUCAGAAGCUGUCAAGGAAGUAAUCAGGAAAGACGAGAAUGCGCCAGAAAAUAUACCCAGUAAACAGGAUCUCAUCGAUGAAACUAACAUUGUAAAAGAUGCUGAAAACAAUCUGCGGAAUCAAGUCGUUGAUAUCCCUGUAAAAGUGGUUGUCGAUGACAAAUUUGCCUUGAAAAGCGACACCAAUAAAAAAGAAGAAAACGAGGUAGUACUUGACAGCGGGGAUAUUGAAAGAGAAGAAAUUGAUCUAAAGAACCCUCCCGGCCCUCUCCAGCGUCAAGUUCACGAUACACAAAACCCAGAACAUUUUGAAGACGCUAAAGUGAAGCAAGCCAUAGCUUCAAAUAAUCAAAAUCAAGAUCAGAAUCAAAACCAAAUCACCGGUCCUCUCGCUAAUGCACAACAAAAUUUCAACAACUGGGUUUCAAACAACCAACAGAUUCAGAAACUGCAACAAAGUAUCAAGGAGUUCCAAGAAAACUUUAACAAACAGGUUGGAUCAAUAGCUAACAUCGUUAGAGGGGUGCUACAAGGCAACUUCAACCCGCUUCAACCUCAAGACACUCUUGCACCAGCAGCUGCUCCCAUUGCUGCACCCGCUCCAACUACGUCUGAGGUCGUCCAAAAAGAUGAUAAAAAAUCCUCCGGUAUUCGAUCUGGACCUGUGCCAAAAGAAGAAAAUGGCAUCAGCAGCGACAGCUCUAGCGGUACCAGUCCCAGCCCUGGAAGCGAUAACAACAAGCCUUGGUGGGAACAAAUUCAGAUUUCAAUUAAUAACAUGCAAACCCAACUGGCCAAUUUGAGCCAACAGUUCCAAGAAUUCAACACGCAGCAGCAACAACAGCAAACCAAUCAAGACGGGAUUGCUGGAGGCUUUUUCCAGAACCUUGGCUCGGGUCUCCAGUUCUUCAACGUCCAGAACCAAAAUAAUGGCAGCCAGAGUGAUGAAUCCCAAAAGCCUGGUGGUAUUUGGCAGAAUAUUCAAAACUUAUUCCAAGGGGGACAGCAACCUCCACAAAACGCACAAUCUGAUACACAACAACCACCAGCUCAACCUAAUCGUCCAAUCAUUCAAGCUGUUCAGAACGCUAUUGACUCGUUUUGGAGGCCUGGGCAGAGCCAAGGAGUUCAAAAUGAGCCUCAGAAGCCGGCUAGCCCUGAAAAGCCUAGUCAAGGAGGCAGCAACGCGGUUCCGGAGAAGCCGGCCAAACAGCAGAAGGAGCCCGAAACCGCCACAUUAGCACAAAGUGGACCAAUCAAGCAGCUAAUAGCCCAUAACCCCAUCGCACAAGGUCUAGCCGGCGCCGUACAGAAAGUACAACACUCUAUCAAGCCGGAUCAACCCCGGGAGACGAUUCCGGAAAAAGAGAAUCAUGGCGUGAAAGGCGGCUUAUUCUUCAAGCCUGGUCAUGGCGGCCAUAAACCAGGUCACGGUCACAAGCCUGGUCACGGUGACAACACUGACAAAGGGAGUAUUGGACUCGAUAACAGCGGCGUUACCGGACAUAGCGGAGAUUCUGCCGGAGUUGACCGACCUUCUGGGGUCACUACCAAUUGGGUAGCGGCGAAGAACGUACCGCAAGAAAACAAACCAGAGACGGAAGAAAAAAUACCAGAAGGGCCCCAAAAGACUGAAAAAGUCGUAGUGUGAUAGUUUAGAUAAGAU